AUGUCUGAUUGGGAAGACGAUAUCUAUGAUGACGAAAACGAAGAGGAAUUCUCUUUUGAAGAGGAUGAUUCUGAUAAUGAAAUGGAAGAUGAUGCACAAGCAGAAAAUGUAGACGAUGUGAAUGGUAAUGAUAGCAAUAGUGGUGAUGGAAAUACAGAAAAGUUGGAUCUGGAGUCACUUUAUUUUACCGGGAAAAUGCAUAAGGAGGAUGAAAACUAUACUGCGGCUUUAGAUUCAUUUAAAAAGCUGGUAGAUCUCAGGUAUGAUUCUCAUUACUCUGGAAACAUAUUCAUUUUUAAAGCAGUUAAACAAGCUAUUAAGGUAUAUGAAGAACUUGGGGAAAACGAUUCAAUCCUUUCAUUUUUAAGUAUCUUUUUUGAACUUGUUGAUACAGUUGAAAAGGCAUACGGGGAUUCAUCGAUGACAAAAUUACUUUAUAGGUAUGACCGAAGUUCAAAUAUUGCGCCGGUCAUACUCCAAAAGAUCUAUCAGUUAUUCAUUGAUCAUGUUUCAAACAAAAAGUUGCCAAAUACUAAGGAGCACAAAAUCCUUAUUCGAGCAUCAUUGUAUUUAGCAAAUACAUUUGUAUUGCAAGGAAAUUUUGACAAGGCUUCUGCUCUCCUUUCAAAGCUUGAGAAGACAGUUGGAACAUGUGCGACUUCACUAAAGGAUGCAUUUCUAAUGGAUAUUAUAGCAUCUGAAAUGGCACUUACUGUAAGACAUAGAUUUGAUCUUGAUGAACUUAUAAGAUUGUCAGGAAUGGUUGAAUAUACAAAGUCUGCUAUUCCACAAUCUAGAAUCAUAGGUACUAUCAAAGAAAGUUCCGGUAUAAUUCAUAUGUAUGAUACCGAAUAUAAUGAGGCAAAUGUGUGCUUUCAGGAUUCAUUCAAAGCAUUUAAUGAAUGUGGUGAUAAUCAUCGUACGGCCGUACUAGUGAAAUUUAUCAUCAGUAAUAUUCUUAGCGAGUCUGAGAUCAAUCCAUUUAAAUCGAAUGACUUUCAAGGUUUCCUGUCCGAACAACGAAUUUGUAUUUUAAUGGAACUCUAUAAGGUCGUUCAUGAGGUUAAUAUUGACAGGUAUUUAUGCAUUGUUAGUCAUGAUCCAUUCAAAACAAUUGUAUGUGAAAGUGUGUUUUUAUCACGUUUUAUCCCGGAAAUCACUGCCUUGAUAAAGGUAAAGUAUAUUUUAAAGUAUAUUCGGGCAUUUUCUUCCAUUUCUAUUGUUAAAUUAUGCAACAAACUACAUGUUUCAGAAAAAGAGCUUCAAUUGUUACUUCUGCAUUUGAACAGCAAAGGUCUUCUUAAGGGAAUAAAGAUUGAUUGGAUCAGCAAAUUUAUAAUCAAAGAUGACAAAUCGGAGAACGUGAUUUUAGAAAAAUCGUUUGACGAGUUCACAUUGCUCCAGAAUAUUUUGAAUGUAAAUGAAGUGACUAUUGACCCCGAAAAGUUGAUUAGUGAAAUAGAUGAAUACAAGCAGAAGAUUUGGAACUAUGACGGAAAUUUUCCAUUAAACAGUUCCCCCUUUGAGUUGUGUUUCUCGAAAAAUGGGGAGGAUUUUGAAGUAAACAUGAGCCAUACUGCAUCUGAUAUAUGCCGAGACUCUAUGAUUACUAAUUUGACUGCAAUUCCAAAAGAAAUUAAAGGAAAUGAUGGUAAUUCCAAAACAUCUUCAGGCAAAAGUUAUAUGUUAGAAACGUCAGAAGCUACGAACAAGAAAAAAAAGCUUUUUAAGUUGUAUAAUGAUCUUUGCGUUCCAAAAGGGUUAUUGCAAAGGGAAUCACUUCUUUCCAAAUUAUUUGUGAGAUCCUUGAGGUGUGACCAUACGAAAGAAUUUCAAUCGAAGGAAGAAUUAUUGACGAUACUUAAAUCAUAUUUAGGAUAUAUUCGAUCUGCAAUACCGAUUUCGGCGGAACCAAAAGUCGAUCAUAUAGAGAACAUCAAGCUCAAGAAAAAGCAGGAAGAAUACCAAGUCCUUAAUCGGGAGAAUGUUGGUGAGAGUUUCUCCAGAAAUGAUGCAACAGCCAUCGAUCAUAACAUACCAGAAGUUUUGCAAAGCAGUAUAAUGCAGCAAAUGAGUGUGACAAAGGCGAGAAGCCGCGAGCAAGACUCUUCAAAAUUAGAUUUAACGCAUCUUUCCGAACAAGAUCUGAGAACAUUAAAAUUGAAAAUGCUUUUUGAGAUCUCUAGCAAUAUUGAUGCUUAUAGGAUCGACUCAUUACUAACUUCUAAGAGAGGCUUGCACAUCGCCCUAUUUGAUGGAAUACCUACAGGAAGCAAUUCAGAACCCAUGAGUUCAGACUCAAGGUCAAUAUCUUUGCCAUAUUCACAAAAUAAUAUUUCUAAGAUGGAUACUGAGUCUAUGGAGAGUGAGUCCGGUGAUGCUUUAAGCGACAAGGAUGAUAACAAUAGAAAUCACCUAUGA